AUGGCGCCGCACCCGCACCCGCAGGAGGACAAAUCAGACCGCCACAGCGCCGGCGCCGGCGCGUCGAGGGAGCAGGAGCGGCGGCCGUCCAAGGCAUGGGGAAUCCUCAUCUUCGGCCUCAUCGGUGUCACCACUGCCAGUUUCGCGAUUACUCAAGUUCGCAGAAGCGUGGACUGGUUCUACACUCAGUUGAAUAAAGUGCAGACAACAUCGUCUUGGAGGUAUACAAGUAAUAGCUCAAGUCGUGGAAGUUUCAGUGAGGAAGCUAAGAAAAGAUAUUAUCAGCGAAUGCAGCAGGAAUAUGAAGAGGAACAAGAGAGAGUUCAAAGAAUAAGGCAUAUGCAAAGUGUUUUCAACAGCGAGAGGAAUAAAUUUAGACGAGGUUAUGAAAGCUGGAGGGAGAAUGGCCCUCCUGGUGGCUACAAUUACAUCCCUCGGGAUGAUUGGUAUUGGCAGACUGAUACUUCUCACUCGGAACAUAAAAAUAGACGGACGUACACACCGGCAGGACCUAGGGUUUAUCCUAUGUCGCAUCACUAUGCAGUUCUGGGUCUUGACAGAUCACGAGCAACACCAUAUACAGAUGCAGAAGUGAAGACUGCUUUUAGAACAAAAGCAAUGGAAGUCCAUCCUGAUCAAAAUCAAGAUGAUAGAGAGGCUGCAGAAGAGAAGUUCAAGGAGGUUGUCAAGUCUUACGAAGCAAUUAAAUUGGAGAGAAAAAACGGUUAA